CUUGUUCUCCAUUUUAGAAAUUUCUCUUUCACUCUUACUCUAUUUCAUGAAAAGCACUGAGCGCAUCAGUCAAGGACAUCGCAUCGAAGAACGAAAGAAAAACAAUAAACGGUUUAUUUUCUUAAAGACUGCCAAGAAGUGCAACUGCCAUUCGGGAACGGCUACGAAUAACCAAGAAAGUCAACUUAAGCGCUUCAGCAGAUAACAAAUUUAUCCAGAUUAUAUCAAAGCAGCGGUGAACGAAACAGUUUUUGCGCUGGCAAACCAACGGCAGAAAAAACAACGAAAACUAAGGAAGCUGUGUUUGAAGCGGGUAAAAGUCUGCAGUGUUCCGGCAAAAUAUAGAAAUUGACCAAAAAGUCUGCAGUGUUCCGGCAAAAUAUAGAAAUUGACCAUGAGUAGUACAAAUAUUCGCGUUGCUGUUCGUGUUCGACCGUUCAAUAAACGUGAGCUCGAGCAAAAUCAGCGAAAUAUUAUAAAGGUUCUGGACCGCACAACGCUAAUGUUUGAUCCGGAUGAGGAUGAGGAUGAAUUUUUUUUCCAUGGGAUGAAACAAACUCAUAGGGAUAUAACCAAACGAGUUAAAAAAAAGCUUUCUAUGGAGUACGACGAUGUGUUCGAUGCCGAAGCCACCAACGAGAACAUAUUCCAAAACUGUACCAAACCGCUUGUUCAAUCUGUCAUGAAUGGUUAUAAUUGUUCAGUAUUUGUAUAUGGUGCAACCGGAGCGGGAAAAACAUUUACUAUGCUUGGUGCAGAAGACUGUCCAGGAAUAACAUUUCUUACUAUGAAAGAUUUGUUUCGACAGAUAGAGGAAUUGAGUAGUGUACGAAAAUUUGAUAUAGGAAUCUCUUAUUUGGAGGUUUAUAACGAGCUCGUUAUGAAUUUACUGACGAAGUCGGGUCCACUCAAACUUCGUGAAGAUAGCAGUGGAGUCGUCGUAAGCGGUUUGGUGCUGAAACAAAUACACAACGCGGAAGAGCUUCUCGAGUUGCUUGCUUUGGGUAAUCAAAACCGAACGCAGCAUCCAACAGAUGCUAAUGCGGAAAGUAGUCGCAGCCAUGCUAUCUUUCAAGUCCAUAUUCGAAUGGUAGAUAAAAUCACAGGACAAAAGAAAACUGUAAAACUAUCAAUGAUCGAUUUGGCUGGAAGCGAACGGGCUGCUAGCACAAAAGGUAUUGGAGUCAGAUUCAAAGAGGGCGCCAACAUCAACAAAAGCUUGCUAGCCCUGGGUAAUUGCAUAAAUAAAUUGGCCGAUGGUUUGAAACACAUUCCGUACAGAGAUUCAAAUCUAACCCGUAUUCUAAAGGACAGCCUUGGAGGAAACUGCCAAACAUUGAUGAUAGCGAAUGUGUCGCCAUCAUCACUCACAUAUGAAGAUACGUACAAUACCUUGAAAUACGCUUCCAGAGCCAAAAAGAUUCGAACCACUCUAAAACAAAACAUAGUGCCAACAAAUGUUCCGAAAGAGUUCUUGGUUAAAAAGGUCAAUGAACAAGCAGCUGAAAUAGAUCGAUUGAAGUCUAAACUUAAGUUAUUAGAAGAGCAAAUACCGACAGCCACAAAACACACUGCUGCUGUACCAGUUAACGUUGUGAAGUUCGACGAAAUUCUGCUGAAUACAUGGCGUUCCCGAAUCGAUAACUGUUUCUCAAUCGUCAAGAAAGCACAAGAACACUGCUUCAAUCUACAGAGCAAGGAGAAGCUGUUAAAUCUACGUACAAAACUGAAAGAACAUGCGGAAUGUAUCAAGAAAAUAUUUACACUGGAUGGGAAACAUCUUAAUGAGGACAUUACUCGACUGGAAGCUUCGAUUGAUCGUUUUAGCAAGCAGAUUGCCCGACAGAGAGAUGAAUUGAAUCGCUGGACCAAACGAUACAAAGAUGCUUAUAAAAGUCUGAAAACACUUCGCACGGAAGUGGACUCGUCUGAGGUCGCCAACUCCCUCAAUGCUCACUUCAAAGCGAAAGAACAAGAACUUGCCGUUGCCAAAUCUCAUCUUAAGAUGAUUCACGUGGUAAAAAUUAAUCAAAUCUAUGUCGACGAAAACCGACAGUGGGAAAAGAUUUCUCAGCUGAGUGCCGAUAUUAUUCAGCAGAACUAUUUACUGCUAAGAAAUAUGGACUGCCUGGACAAUACUACAUUGGAGAAAAUGGAAAAAUUGAUACGUUUGAACCACUGUCAACGAGGAGUGAAAUUUGCUGACGACAACGACAAUGAUGAAUUAACUAAAGAAAGUAACGUUAACGAUACGAGCAUAGAUGAUAUUACGAAUCUCUCUGACUGUGCUGAGAAGGGAGACGUCGAUGAUGAUGAGGAAGUGGAUUUAGGAGUCAAGCGGCUAAAAACGGAUGAUGAUGCAAUGGAUACCGAACAGGACGCGAAAAGUUACAAAAACGAAGCAAAUUUGGUAGAAUUUAAAAAACCCAAACCUUUACGCCCCUUGAAUUUUAAAGCACAAAGUUUGAGUGUGAAAACAACUGUUACCCGUAAAACACCCACUAAAGCUCAGAAAACAACUACAAUCACGCAAUUUAAAGUGCCAAAACUAGUUCUAAGUGGUCCAUCGAAACCAUCCAGUGCUAAAAAGCGCCCCAAUCUAUCGCAUUCUUCAACAUCAUCCAAUGAUGCCAGUGAUUGUUCCGACGGACCCGAUGAAAACGUUGAAAAUGUAAACAGCACAUUCCGUAUCGAUUCGCCGAAAAACUCUGCUAGCUCGCUGUUUUCAAAUGUGCUGGUAGAAAGUAAAUUGGAUCCAAAAGUUUUGAACAAAGUACUUCGUCGCGCGUCCACUAAAGGUAAUGUCAUUUCUAAAGUCACCUUAACGCUAAAUAAGGAAAAUCGUAAAAUCAGUCCCAAACGAGUAGGAAAAAGUCCAAGACCGUUGCUACGAACAACAAGUCGAACGCAUACUUCAGCUGCCAACGUUAUCAAUAGGUACCGAAUGAUGAAGGCUGGAGCAAUAGCAGGUUCCUCAUCGAUAAUGCGACCUCCUAUCAGUACAACUACAUCAACAACUACGAAACAAGGUUACGACAGUGACGGAGAUCGAAAAGGUCGUUCUGGAAAGAAAUAAUCUACCCAAGAGUGGUUAACCUGUAUAAUUGUUCGUUUGCAAACCUGUAUCAUUUUCGGUGUUUAAAUCUACUAUAUGUAUAUUUGUAAGAUUCAUAUUACUUUAUUGCAAGUGAUUGAAUGAAGGUGAAAAUGUUGAUCGUGUUCAUCUUUUAAUUUUGAGGAAAUUUAUUUUAAAUAAAAGAAACUAUAAAUACAGAA